UAUAAAGCGGCCCGAGCGACGCGGGCUCUCCAAUCUGCCAUUUUCUGCUUCGGGAGCAGUGGAACGCCCGGCCCCUGUCUCCCCUUCCCUCCUCUCCUCUCUUCCCCUCCCCGUCUCUGUCCUCUUCGCCCGCCCGCCUCUGAGAGACCAUGGCCGCCGAACCCGCUGCGAUCGCCGAGCUUACCCCAGCAGACAAAAGGGAAGAGGAGGCCCCUGCUCCGUCCACAUCUGCAGACAAAACUGAUAGCCUGGAUGUGGAUAGUGAAUCUAAGAAGCUGCUGGGCUUGGGGCAGAAACAUCUGGUAAUGGGAGACAUCCCAGCAGCUGUCAAUGCAUUCCAGGAAGCAGCUAGUCUCUUGGGUAAGAAGUAUGGAGAGACAGCUAAUGAGUGUGGAGAAGCCUUCUUUUACUAUGGCAAGUCUCUUCUGGAGUUAGCAAGAAUGGAGAAUGGUGUGUUAGGAAAUGCCCUGGAUGGAGUACCAGUGGAUGAAGAUGGAGAGAGAGCAGAAGAUCAAUCUAUGGUAGAGAGUACUGAUAACGUAGAGGAGGAAGCAAGGGGCAUGUUGAAAGAACAGGUCUCUGAUGCUACGAAAGACCAAGAGGCAGCCCAAAAAGCCCAGGCCGAGGCUCCUGGGGCAGAAAUGGAGGCAGAGGUGCCAGUGGCAUCGGCUGCCCCUGCCACAGGGGAAGCCCAGGAAAAUCCAGUGGAGGCCGAGAGCACGGGAGCCGAUGUCGAGAUGAAAGAGGAGGAGGAGGAGGCCCGGGCAGAAGCAGCCCCUGCAAGCCCUGAGAAGACCCCAAGCAUGGCCCAGGAGCCCGAGGCAGCAGCUGCUUCAGAGGAGCUGCCAGCCGGCUCAGGAACCACGGCUGCUGCCCCUCAAGAUGGAAGACAAGAGGAAGAAGCCAGAGCAGAAGCAGUAGUUGAGGAAAAACAGGGUGAGGUAGUUGUAAGAACAGAAGAAAGGCCCAAAGAUGCCCCUGAAGAGCAUCUGGCCCCAGAAGAGCAGGAAGCUGCAGUCAGGGUGGAAGGAGAGGCAGCAGAUGGGGGAGGAGGGAAGGAGGCAGAGGCGGAGGUGGAGGCAGCCCCAGCAGCAGCAUCUGAGGUUGAGAAAGGAGAGGAGCCAGCAGAGGCCCAGGCGGUGGCAGCUCCUGUGGAGGUCCAGGCAGAAGUGCCAAGUGAGGACAAAGCCGAGGAGCAGCCAGCAUCCACCCACACAGAGGGUCAAGACAGCACUCCCUCUGAUGCAGGGGAGGUGACUCCUGCAGAAGAGCAGGCUGCCAAGGAGCUCACAGACACACAAGAGAACUCUGCCCCUGAGGCCGAGCCUCCAGCAGAGGUGGCGCCUGCCCAGGAGGGGCCCAAGGGCCCCCCAGAAGACUCCAAGGCAGCUGGAGAUGGGCCAGAGACGGGCCUCGGGGACCAGGUGGCUCUAGGAACACCCCCUGAAGAGAAAGAUGAGCUGAUGAAGGAGGAGGAGGAGGGAGAAGAGACUGAAGGCUCUGAAGAGGAGGAUAAGGAGAAUGAGAGAGAAACCGAAGAGCAUGGGAGUGAUUCCAAACUGGAAAACAAGGAGAAUGAAGAGGAGGAAAUUGGAAACCUGGAGCUUGCCUGGGACAUGCUGGACUUGGCAAAGAUCAUCUUUAAGAGGCAGGAAACAAAGGAAGCCCAACUGAAUGCGGCUCAAGCUCACCUGAAACUGGGAGAAGUGAGCGUGGAAUCAGAAAAUUAUAGCCAGGCCAUAGAGGAGUUCCAGGCCUGCCUUGCCCUCCAGCAGAAUUACCUGGAAGCCCAUGACCGGCUGCUGGCCGAGACCCAUUACCAACUGGGCCUGGCCUAUUCUUACAACAGCCAGUAUGGCGAGGCUGUGUCUCAGUUCACCAAGUCUGUGGAUGUCAUCGAGAAGAGACUUGCCAUGCUGAGUGAAAGGAUAAAGGCGGCUGAGACACCCUCGGCCGAGGAUGCGAAGGAGGUUGAGGAGCUACAAGAGCUGCUCCCUGAGAUUAAAGAGAAAAUUGAAGAUGCCAAGGAGUCCCAGAGCAGUGGCAAUGUUGCUGAGUUGGCUCUGAAGGCCACCCUGGUUCAGGCUGCAUCUGGUUUCACAUCAAGCAGUGGGAACUCCUCAGCCUCAGGGAUUGCGGCCAGAAGACCCACAGAUGGCGCUGCUACGACGUCUUCCAACUGUGUAACUGACAUUUCCCACUUGGUCAGAAAAAAGAGGAAACCUGAAGAAGAGAGUCCCCUGAAAGAAGCUGAGGCCAAGAAGCCAAAGCAAGAGCCAGCUGUCAAUGGUGGGGGUGGGGAUGGCGAUGGGGGUGGAGAUGCUGCCUCCACUCAGAAUGAGGCUACAGAAAACAUGGAGGCAGAGGCUGAGAACCAGACAGCAGCUGAGCCAGGAGCUGCCACCGUACAAAGCACCGCGUGAGCCUCCCAGAGGGAGGUGGGAGGACCCUUCUCUCCAAGGACGAUGCUUUUGUAUAUAAUGUAUUUUUUCACUUUUGGGGACUCUUUUGUAUAACUUCAAUAAAGAUUGUACGCAAAGGUU